UAACGUUCUUCGGCGAUGGUAACAAAUGCUAAGCAACUUUCAGAUUCCCGAGAUUCCGAAACCUGAUGAUUAUACGUCACGGUGACGAUCAGCUUCAUCAGGGCACACAGUAUGCUGCCUAUCUUCCGAUGGUUAAUACACAAUGGACCCUGGAUUUUUUAGGUGCAUGCAGACUAUUUGUAUUGCUUUGAAGGUUUAAUUAGACAGAAGUGCAGGAAGCCUGGAUGUACCUUGUUCAGGUUUUACGCUACGAUUCCGGAUGGCUGAGGUCGUUUGGCUUGGACACAAGCGACAGUGAAGCAGAGAGCUGAGAAGCGACGAUGGCGUUAGGGCUUAUUGUCUCUCCCGGAUAUGGAUCCUCCUGUAAAGUAGAGCUUCCUCUUCAGAACGUCUUCUCCCAGAAAUCCUCGUUGAGUAGUCUUAUCAAUCGCCGCAUACUUCUGAAUUCUUUAACGUAUCGCUUUCCUCCUCACUCCAGACUUCCAAGAGUCUCCGUGCGUGCAACUUCAUUGUGGAACCAACACAAGGUAGCAAAUGAAUUGGGCAAAGUGCCCAACAGCAGCUCUACCUAUAAAUUAUCGAAUGAAUUUUUGGAAAUUCUAAAACAGCGCAGUGAAAGUGGAGUAAGUGAAGAAGCAGUGAAGUUUGAUGGCAAGGAUGCCGCAGAUGAUUGGUACGAAGAUGGUGGAGAUUCUUUCCUUCGGAAGCGACGAGGCGAACGUGGCCAUGUGGAGAAUACGUGGAAUUAUGAGGCGAGCAGCGAAGGGUAUACAAGCUCAUCAACCGAUACAGAGCGAGAGGACUGGCACUUCUCUGCUAGGGAACGGCGAGACUCGAUGUCUGGAAACUCUGGGCCAGGGGACAGAUCAGCAGGACCCAGAGUAGUUCUCUCCAAAUCGUAUCCAUCGAUACCUGCAAAAUUUUCGAAGUACACUCGGUGGAAAGACCCGAACCGAGGACGCUCCCGUUCAGGAAUGGUUCGGCAACAAAUGAAGGAUGUCCAAGCUCUUAACCAACCUUACUACAAAGAGAAGGCUGCUUUCUUUCGCGACUUUACCCCUGAUGUCAUAAAGCCUGAACUACCGUGCCAAUUCAGCUACUCGGAGCAUCCUAACAUACCUCCUUUAGGAUUUCGGGAACCAGUUUACUCUCCUUUCGGACCUGAAGGCAUGGCAAGGCCUUGGACAGGCAAACAACCUAAUGUGGAGGGUGCACGGAUUGAAUUUGAUUCUUUCAAACUUCCUCCACCAGCUAUGACGAAGGCCAAGCAGGUGGAUCCCCCUGGGCCUUUCCUGGAGGGUGCAGGUCCCAAGUUGGGGCGCUCAAGGGAGGAAAUUUUGGGAGAACCUUUAACCAAAGAUGAGGUUCGGGACUUUGUAGGACGGGCUUGCGCUGAGCGUCGGCGACUUGAUCUAGGGAAGGAUGGUCUGACGCACAACAUGCUGGAAUUAUUGCAUAGACACUGGAAACGACGGCGGGUGUGUAGAAUCAAAUGUUACGGUGUUCCGACCGUGGACAUGGACAACCUGUGUCGUGUGAUUGAGGAGAAAUCUGGAGGCAAGAUAAUCCGCCGUUCGCAGGGUAUGCUCUACGUCUUUCGUGGACGCAAUUACAAUUGGAACACUCGGCCUCAGAUUCCAAUAAUGCUAUGGAAACCACCCGCACCUAUUUAUCCUUCAGUUGUGCAAAGUGUACCUGAAGGAUUGAGUGAGAAAGAAGCUGACAACCUUCGAGCGUUAGGGCGAAGAAUUCACUGUCUUUGUCGCUUGGAGAGGGCUGGAGUGUACAUAAACCUUGUGAAGAUGGUAAAAGACGCGUUUGAAAUUGAUGAGCUCGUGAAAAUAGAUUGCAGGGAGUUAGACAGAAGUGACAUGAAGAAAGUUGGUGCAAAGCUCAGGGAUUUGGUGCCAUGUGUGCCUCUCUCCUUUGAACGGCACUUUAUGUUGUUGUGGAAAAGGUCUCGGUUAUAUGAUGAAAAUCAGGGCAGGGACGGAGACACCUCUGGUGCACUUUAUGGGAUGGGCGUAUCUGAAGAUGGCGAAGAGAUACGACAUGAAAUCUCCAAUGAUGAAGAAAAUGAAGUAAAUGGUCUUCCAAAAAUUUGUAGUAAUCUAGUAGAUGAACAGGUUAAGGAUGACGUCGAUGCUGAUGCACAAGAGAUUGUUAGCAAUGAGCAGCAACAGGGAGAGUCUACAAUCCGUGGAGGAAAAGGUGAUAUCCAAUCCGGAAACAUGUUACUCCGAGAGCAAGUGUGUUCUACUGUGGUUGGAACUGGCGAUUCUACUCCCGAAACUGGACGUACAUCAUCAUCAGACAAUGAAGUCCAAGUUAAUUAUAAUGCCGAUUCUCGAGGAUCAGGAGCCAUUGACGUUGCAUAUGAGGAAUCUGAAGAUGUAUUACCGAAUGGUAGCAGGAGUAGGGAUCAAUUCACUAACCAUAAAGGAGCUCAAGUGUUAUCAAGUAAGAAUGCUCCUGCAGUUAAGGGAGCUGAAGAAUCUGUUUCAACGGAAUUUGAUAAAUUAUGGCAGGAUUCUCUUAACUCAGAUGAAGCAGUGACCUUGGAUGAAUCUGAAAUCGACCCUGAAAGUGUCUUGGAAAAGAUAAUGAGUCAACAUAUUGAUUGUCAGAAAUGGAAUUACGAGUUGGAUUCACGAGAAGAGAAGCUUCCCGAUGGCUCAGGCACCUCAAAUUUCGAGUCUGAAGAAGGAUUUAAAGGCGGCACGCCUUUGAAUCCACUGAAGGAAGGUGGUGCGGAAAAACCAAACGAAGAUGAAUUCUCAGAAACGGACGAACGGUUUGACCAAGAUGACUAUAGUUCUGGAUUGUGGAGGAUGCCUAGAUCCUCUUUAGGAAGAGAUGCAGAUCAAUUCGAGGAAUAUGGUGAGCAACCUGAAGAAACAGAGGACGCCGGAGAUGUACUGCCUUCAUCCGUGGCAGAUUUUACAAUAUCACAAGACGAAUUAAAGAGAUUGUGUGCACUAAGGCUGAAAAUAAAGGGUUGGAUGAAAAUUGGUACUCAAGGAAUCUCAAGGGGCAUUGUGAAAUCGAUCCACAAUAAGUGGCUUGUUUCUGAGAUUGCAAAAGUGAGAUGUGUCGUACCAGGAUGCAAUAUGAGGAAUCUCCAUGAUAAUCUUGAGAGGUUGACUGGUGGAAUAGUCAUAUGGAGGGAGGGACCUGCAGUGGUGAUUUAUCGAGGAAAAGAUUAUGUACCUGUUUGGAUGCGCAAAAUGGAUUUAAGAGAGGAAGCCUACAGAAAACGGCUACAACUUCUUGAUUGUGAUGAAGAAGACGAAAGUCGGCAGCUAAUGGAGGAGGGAACUUCUUAUGACUGCCAGACAAACAUGAUACAGGAGUCAGAGAUUGAGGAUCUGAUGGAUGAUUUGGGACCGCAAUUUGUAGGAUGGAUUGAGGGCGGACGCGCGCCGGUUGAUGGAGAUUUAUUAGUGAACUCCAACUUCAAUAGUCCCUUUAGGCGGCUGCCGUAUGGAGUGAGACCUCGACUAACCAACUUUGAAAUGACCGAGAUGCGUCAUCUAGCUAAAAAACUUCCACCACAUUUUGUCCUUGGACAAUGCAGAGGACUCGAAGGGUUGGCCUCAGCUAUUGUGAAAUUGUGGGAAAAGAGCGAAGUUGCUAAAAUAGCUAUGAAAAGAGGUGUCUCAAGAAUCGUUAAUGAUCGAAUGGCUUCAGAAUUGAUUAGACUUACUGGAGGAGACUUGAUAGCUCGAAACAUGAGUUACAUUGCACUCUACCGAGGGAACUCCUUUUUACCGGCAAUUGUCAAAGGAACUUUGAAGGAGAAAGACCACAUUGCCAGGACGCUUCUGGAGGAUGAAGAGAGAAAUCGUUUGGCUGGUUAUUGCAAUCACAUGAGAUUCGAUGCACAAUUGAGGCCCAGUAAUGCAGGGACCCUAGCAGAGACAUUGGAGGAAAAGGCCAGAUGGGACCCUUGGAAAAAUAGUGAGGAUUAUUCCACUAAAGCAAUACUUGCACGGAAAGCUGCAAGAGAUCUAGCCCGACAAAGGAUGCAGAGAAUACUCAAUUCUGUUUCUCAGAAGAUUAGCAGCGCCGAGAGGGAGCUACUAAAUCUGAACUUAAAAAUGAAGCCCAAAGAUAUGCAUGCAUCUAAGGAGGACGUUACUGAGGAGGAAAUGUAUACUUUACGUAAGAUUGGGCUGCGCAUGAAGCCGUAUCUUCUCCUAGGAAGGAGAGAAGUGUUUAGUGGCGUUAUAGAGAAUAUGCAUCUCCACUGGAAGUGGAGACAGCUGGUGAAGAUUAUUGUGAAGAAGAGUUACUUUAUGUAUCGGGAGAGGGAUGAUAUUGAGAAUAUAGCUAGGAUGCUUGAAAUUGAGAGUGGAGGGGUUUUGGUUGGGAUUUGUACCAUUCCCGUUGGAGAAGCUAUUAUUGUGUAUCGUGGCAAAAAUUAUCAACGUCCCAAUGAUGGGAUAAGCCCACAAGGCCAUCCCGAUGGGUUAAGGCCAUGCGGCCUGCUCACAAAAAAGCAGGCUUGGGAACGUUUUAAUCAGAAAAGGCGGAAACGGUCUUUAGAAAAGCAUCUAGUGAAGUUGGAAGGAGACUUCAAAAGAAUACAAGAAGAUCUGAAAAGAAUGGAGGAAGGGGAUGUUAGCUUGAACAACGGUAGACAACUGUGAGUGCUUAACAGCACUAUUCUAAAGAGUAGUCCAAACUACCUUCAGGUUAACAAAGGGGCCCUUGAGUGACAUUGCUCCAGGUUUUGGUCACUCAACCUGAUAAUGGACUGGUUUGACUGCCGACCACUUAGUCCAGCGCAAUGGUAUUCCUAAUCCACCCCUCCACCAUGGGUACAAAGGUUUCCUUUUUGGAAUUGUGCAGCGGAUUGCUCAACCUGAAAUACUUUCGUGCACUCCAAUGAAGUGCUUCAUAGAAAUGUGUGCUGCAUGUACUAUGUGUAAACUGAGACCAUUCAAAGUCGAACGAAUAUACGAGCCUUAUAAUCUGUAUUGUAUGACUGCAAGUUCACAUUGUAGUAUUAAGUUCCUAGGUUAUCACAGUUUUUCAUAUAAGUAUUGAAAAGCUUAUGUGGAGAAGAGAAUUUUCACUACCAGGAUGGGAGGGUUUCCAGGGCCCCAGCUUUAGGUCAGGAAACCAGCAUUGUUUUCUGGUGCAGGGCAGAAUCCCGGUGAAGGUAGUGCAGAUGUGUUUUGAAAAAGAAUCGCCCUGUUGCACCAAUGGAUACACAUUCAUCUUUAAAUUUAGUACACGAGAUCAGUCACCAGAUCAUUGGUCUUGUGAGAAGUGUUCGGUGA